AGCUGUUCUUGGCAUCCAACCCCCACCAUGGAAGGCGGUGAAGACUUCAUCGACCGCGGACCCCACUAAAAAGUCCAAACUGCCCCGCUUGCUUGCCACAGCAGUCAAUCAAGUCAAGCCGGGGGCGCGCAGCUCAUCAUUGGGAAGAGAGGCGUCCAUCAAAUCGAUCGCGAAAUCCGCCAUCACCGUUAACCCUCUCUCACCGCCGAUAGAACUCUCACAGACAUGGCACCCACAGCGCCAACAGCAGCGGCCAAGAAGCGCGUCAGCGCGCGGUCGAAAGCGCAAGCCGCCGCGCGGUCGCCAACAUCUGCACCAGCCACCAACACCGCCUCCACCUCCAGCUUCAGGGCGAGUGUAUUCAGCAACAGCAGGCGCGAUAAGCAGAUCGUCAAGCACAGCUCGUUCGUGUCGCGGAUCGCCAAGACGCCUCCCCAGACCCAUAAUGGCAGCAGCAUCAAGCGGCGGCGGCCGUCCAAGAAACUCGUCGCGACGCUCGAAUCGCUCGGCGACGCGCUCGACGACAUCACGGCGGGGAUUGCGGCAGAUGACGCGGAUGCCAUGGACCCGGAGCAGGCGCGCCAGGGCAAGGUGCGGCACAAGAGCCUGCGGUCGCGCCCGGGGGCGCUGAAGCGCAAGGAGAAGGUGGUGCGGGGCGAGAUGGAGCGGUUCGGGCGCAGCCUGGCUCAGCUGACGGCCCUGGCCGAGGUCAAGGCGGCAGCGCCUGCUGCUUCUGCUUCUAGUGCGAUUACGGAAGACAUGGACACGGAUGUUGCGGCUGGGGCUGGGGCGGCGGCGGUGGCGCCAGUCACGGCGAGCCGGUGGGCGGCGCUGAGAGGGUUCAUCUCGGCGACAAUGGAGCAAAAUCCUUCCUUUUUAGGACAUAAAUGAAUUGAAACUCUUCAUAAACCACCAUCACUUGGCCCUAGAUCCACGGACCUUCCAGACUAAGUCAACCUCCAGCUUGUAAAUACGGAAGGUGCGUCACAGGUGCC